GCCUGGGCCGCUCAGCGUUACUCGCGCCUGUCGUGUCCUCUGGAAGGCUGCUCUCCCAGCCUCGACUUUGUGGGAGAUUGGUGACAAGGCUGCACCCUGGCGUCCCCCGAGUCGACUCCCCCGCCCUCCCACCCACCCCCGCCCAUCAGCAUUCCGCCGCUGCCCUUGCACCUGCGGCGCAAACUUCACCGCGAUGUGAACGUCAAGGUGGCGCCGCCGUCCGCCUCCACGCCGACAGUGGACGAGAACUGGGCUUUCAUGGACAUCCUGUCGCCACCUGCCCUGCCGCCCCUGCCACCACCGCAGGUCACUCGUCAGCAGCAGCAGCAAAUCCAUCAGAACAUCGAGAGCAUGUCAUUUUCCAUGUUGCAGAACCGGAGGCCUCCGCCGGUGCCGCCGCGGGUUCCGCCGCCACCGCCGCUGCGGACGCAGGACUCGACGGUGUCCAGCUGCGACAGCUACAGCCAGAAUUCGUCGCCGAGCUACAAGAGCAUGGAGGCGCCGCUGCUGCCGCCGACGCCGGUCGCCCGCAAGCCGCCCAAGCAGGCGGACGGUGGCAAAGAGAUCAGCGGCACCGUCGCCUUGCUCGGCGCCGCCAAGGUGGCCGGGCUGACGGCCGACAUGGCCGGCAACGCCAUCAUCCACGGCUCCGCCACCCCGGCCAGUCUGCAAGCGGUGGUUAAAAUCACCGGAUCCAAUCUUUCCCUCCAUCACAGGAUUUUGCGCGAUAUGCGUCGACCGUCCGCGAGACACUGCAUGUCCAAAGACAGCAUCCGCUUCCGGAUAAUCCAGUUGGUGAUAAACGUGGUGGUGUUGAUCGCCAUCGGCAUUGCUCUCGCCAUCUACCUCAAGAGCCAACAGAAAGAAUACCCUCCGCAGAUAAGGUACAUCAACCGCACGGUGACCACCACGAUCGCCAUCAUUCCGAAGGACGACAACCCCAACCCAGGCCAGUGUCUGCCCGUGGUCGCGCCUUUGUGUGUCAAACACAAGGUGCCCUACAAUUACACUUCUUUCCCCAAUUACUUCAAUCAGGUGUCGCAACGCGAAGCAACAUUGGAGCUGGAAGUUUACGACGCAUUGGUGGACGUGCGGUGUUACGAGCUGGCGGCUCUCUUUCUCUGCACCCUGUUUGUGCCCAAGUGCAGGUCAGACGGCCUGACGGUGCCUCCUUGCAAAACUCUUUGCGAAGAGACUUGGAAGAGAUGCAAAUUCUUUGUCGACGUUUUUGCGCUCAAGUUUCCCAAUGAACUGAGUAAGUGUAAUCUGCUCCCUCAUUCCAACGACCCCGAGGUGUGCGUGGGCAAAAAAGAGGUCAUGGAUGGCAUCGCCAAGUCCAAGAAGCCAGACUGCAGAGAAGGAUUUCAGUGUGACCGCAACAGGUGCAUUCCGAUGGAGUGGAGGUGCGACGGACACAUCGACUGCGAGGACCAAACAGACGAGCUCAAGUGCAAGGGAUGUCCCGAAGGCAUGAUCCACUGCGGCAGAAAGAAGUGCAUAAAGAACAGCCACAUGUGCGACGGCAUAUCUGACUGCCCGUGGGGCCAGGACGAGAGGAAUUGCCUGCGCUUAAGCGAGAGAAUGGGUGACGAAGCGCGCGGAAUGCUCGAAGUGUAUCACCCGCAGCGCGCAGCGUGGCAGCAAGCGUGCGUCACCCGCUGGGAUCAAGCCAUCAGCCCGCCGCAGGUGUGCCGUCUCCUCGGCUACAGCGAGGUGAACCACAGCAAACCCCUUAUGGUGCUGGAGCAGGCAAAGGUGUCGAAGUUCCCCUUCCGGCAGCAAAUCCCACCGCUGCCUGUCACCGGACUCGGCUGGACGAGUCACGAGGAGCCUAGAACUGCGGGCAGUUUGAUGCUUCAGAGCCAGCUUUUACAAGAUGUGCGCUCCUGCCCGGGAAAUAAUUUUCCCACGGUCGAACUCUCGUGCAGAGACUUUGCUUGCGGUCGGAGGCGUUUGGCGGAGAGGCCCAGCAACAGCAGGAACUCGAAACGCAUUGUUGGAGGCACGGAAUCGUCUCCGGGCGAUUGGCCUUUCUUGGCCGCCCUGCUCGGAGGGCCAGAGCACAUCUUUUACUGCGCCGGUGUGCUGAUUUCCGAUCAGUGGGUGCUGUCGGCGUCGCACUGCGUCGGCAACCAAUCCGAUCCGUCUGGCUGGACCAUUCAACUGGGCGUCACGAGGAGACACUCGCAUUCGGUUUUCAGCCAAAAGGUCAGAGUCCGCAGAGUCGUUCCGCACCCCUACCACAACAAGGGAACCACUCACGACAAUGACGUUGCUCUCUUCCAGCUUCAAAACCGGGUGACGUUUCACGAGCACCUGCUGCCGGUGUGUUUGCCGAGGGAAAACCACCGCCUCGAACCAGACACCCGGUGCACGGUCAUCGGCUGGGGCAAGAGGGAGGACAAUGAUGUUGAUUACGAGCCCGUCAUCAACGAGGUUUCUGUUCCGGUUGUUGGACGCAGGGUGUGCAACAGCUGGCUGGAAGAAAACAACGUCAACGUCACCGAGACCAUGAUCUGUGCGGGAUUUGAGCAGGGAGGAAGAGAUGCGUGCCAGGGCGACUCUGGCGGGCCACUGCUGUGCCGGGACAAAGAACGCGACGGCGCGUGGUUCGUGGGCGGCAUCGUGAGCUGGGGCAUCAAGUGCGCGCACCCCCGGCUGCCAGGGGUGUACGCGUACGUGCCGCACUUUGUACCGUGGAUCAAGGAGCAGAUGGCGCUCUACUCUGACUGACAGCAGCAGCGAGGACGCGAAAGGGGCCGCCACUAAGCCCUCCGCAGGUCAGCCCUGCCGCUGGCCGGCGGGGCUGCGGCCACUCUCAUCGCACAAAUUCAAUCCAAUCGGCGCUCCGACAGGUGUCUUUUCACUCUGCGUCGCGGCUCAACAAAAAGAAAAUCAUGUAAGCACUUUCUCCGAAACCAGCAUCGCUCCGUUUGCUUUAGGCCUAAUGGAAAGGAGUGAUCAAUUCUUUGUUCGAUAGGAAUGGGUUCGAAAUUGGUGCAGAUGCAGAAUUGGGAAAUUUUCCGAAUGAUUGGGAAUGAAAGAAUUUGUUUAUAAUUUAUUUAGCUUCAUUUUUUUGGUGAAAAAAUAUUUAAAAAACAUAAAUGGGGUAUGUCAGAUUUUUUGUCCAAGAGGAACUUUAUCCAAAAUGAUCAAAAUUAUGAAUUUUUGUGCGAUAAAUUUUCUUAAAAUGAACAUUGAUUUAAAAUUAUUUUAAUCAAUUUGACGAAAUAAUCCUCUGGCCGGAAAGUUGAUGAAAUUUGUAAUUUUUUAUAGCACGAGGGAAAUAAUGUCCCCUCCUCAAUAUCCUUGGAACGUCAUGUUUUUAAUUUACUUGCAUUUUCCAACCAGCAAGCUAUGCAACCCGUAAAAGAAUUGAAGUAGGCAAAAGUUAUAAGCUUUGAUUUUAUUAAAACUACCUUGGUAAAAAUAAAAAUUCCGUUACAAGUUACAAUACGUUAAAUUUCUGCACGCGAUUUUCCCUGAAGACGUUUCUCUUGGAAAAUUUUGAAAAAUCACGAAACUGGCUAAAGUUUAAAAAUCGCACAUAAUUUCUAAUCAAAUUCCAAAAAUGUAAAAAGUUCAUUGAAAUCUGACAGCUUUUCAAGAAAUUAUGGUAGUUCAAAAUUUCUUAAAAAUAAAAUUGUUGGACGAAUAUCAAAUCACAAAUUUCGGACGGAUUCUUUUCGGACAAAGUACAGGCUCCAAAGAAAAAUUCGCCACUACGAGAGAUAUCAUACAGGUCGAGUAACUACUGCUGCUGGCAUAUAUAUUAUUUUUUACGAAAUCAUAAUUGAAAAAAAUAAUUCCAUUUGAUUGGUGCUGGCGUGAAGUAAUGGGAUUUAACUCUAUGCAUGUAUGAAGAGCACUUUUUACACUUGAGAGCGACUGAAGUAUUUUUGCAGAAAACGGUUGGUCGGACGGUCGGUUUUUGGUCUCUUUGUAGCGGGCGCUAAACUAUAACUCGCAGCGCAACUCAUCGUGAAGUAGUCUAUCAAGGUGAGCGCGAGCGCAAUCGAUUUGGGGCCGCGCUCACCGUCAAACACGUCGAUGUAAUUGUGUACUACUUAAGCCUUAUUGUGCUCAAUAACCGCAGUUUAUCCCACAAAUGUCGAGAGAUCAACUAUAACUAGUGCUAUAAUUCAGUAACUGGGUGUUUCAAAGUCGAGAUUUACGCACAAACACGUUAAAUUAUACACGCAAUCUGUUGAUGUAAUUGUGUAGACACGCAAGCAGGUGAGAGAACGAAAGUAUUAUUUCAAACAAAUGUCCGCUUUGGUUGAUCGCUUUAAUCACAUUGAAAUCAUUCUGCAACUUAAUGCGAAUCUGGACUCGAAAACCUAUCAAAGCGAAUGCGUGCAUGUGUUUCUAAAUAAGCAUUAUAAAUAUUUUUGUAAUGUGUGCAAGUGAAAAGCGACUCAAGACAUUUAAAAUGUGUACACAAAAAUACCAAUCUAUAGCAUUGCUAUAGGGCUGGGAAUUUUAGACGAGAAAAAAAACAGCAGGCUAUUAACUAUUUUCCCAAUAUUCUCCUAGUGAAUUGCUUGAGAAUAUGAAAAUAAUUUAAUUGUUUUAGUUAUUCAGGUUUAAAUUUGUAUUCGGUAAGUGUAAACUGCUCUUUAAAAAUAAUUGUGAAUUUGCCGGAAUUUCUCAAUCGAAAGACAACAGUGUUGAGUGACUAGAGCAACAUGUGGACGGUUUUAGACAUUUUUUAACACUUUUAAACGAAUCGUCAACACCAAUUUCGUGAUUGUUUCAAGUUCAAUAGUUCAAUUUUUUACGUUGAAGUGAUAUCAGUAAAAAUCCAGACGGUUUGUAUGGUAAAAAUUUGGCUGUUUUCGAAGGUUCAUGGAUCAGACAAUAAUUCCAAUAAUCCUGAAACUCUGAGGAAAUGAAAAAUAAUUAUUUCAAAUUUUUCAUGGAAAAACCUAUCCUACUGGAUGAUUUUUUUUAUUUAAUUCGACAACAAUAGUAGUCUAAUAAGAUUUCGAACUUUCACGGUUUUAACAAUUGGUACAGAUAAAUUUUACAUGAUUGAUUUUAUCCCGCUAAAACAGAGUUUGCGGUGGCCAAAAAAGAGCCUGAAGAAUUAAGUGCAAAAAUUUUAAACCAAUCUUAAAAAGUUAAUCAGAAAAUCGUCGAAAAUUCCCACCCCUAAGUAUUGCACACUAAUUUGGGUUUAUAAUUUUUAGCAAUGCAACUUCUUGUCGAGAUGUUGGACAAUACAAUUUGUAAGACGCGGAAAUGUCGAGAAAUCCCAACUAAACACUUUUGUUGUAAGCUAUAGCUGUAAGGCGCAUCAAUAUUGCUGUGAGAUGUCGUAGUUUUGGCUGUAAAUCAAUCAAUUAACUCUCAUCGUAGGGUGUAAUCAUAAAACAUAAUCAACUCAUGCUUCUCCCUCGGUAGGCGAGGCCGCGGAAAAUCGCACAAAAAAUCGAUCAGAAUAUUGACACUAAAUAUCAACAUAUCGUUUGAGCAAAAUUUUGUCGCUAUUUUUUUACAGUGCGAUUCGCCGUGCGUCUCAGGCGCAUUAGGGUGCAAUUAUUGAGUUGAGAGAGCUGCUCAGUGACAGUGUUAGGCCUCUACGUUAUAAGCGAAUCUCUGUAUGUGGUCCACUAGCUGUUAACUAAGAUGGAAAAAGGUGUUUGUAACGUGCAUGCACUAUACUCAAUUAUAACAAGCAAAUCAACCAAGUAGGUUCAACUGAGACGCUUCCAUUUCUGACCAGACGAGUCUUUUUCUCUAGCUCAGCACAAUCCACUCUACUGAUAAGUGUGUACAUAAUUAUAUAAAAGAGGGAAAGAUGUGUGUUAUUUAAAAUUAAAACUACACACACGCGCUAUGUAUGAUGUACACGUCGUACACUCUAUAUAGGUAUAUGAUAUAUAUGAGAAAAAUACAUAAGCAUUUGUCUUAGCGCCUGACCGAUUUUAGACACAUCACUUUUUGCCUCUUUCGCGCCCCAGAGUGGCUCGCAAAUCUGAAUAAAAAAAAAAUAACAAAAACCUAAAUGCUCAACGUCCGCAAAUGGCCUCUGGAGAUAUCCAAAAGUUUUCUUUUCGACGCUGUUUGCUUCUUGUUUGGUGUUGAGCCACCCUGGAGAACUCACUUAAUUUUGACGGUUUUUCUAGGAAGAGCCCUAACAUGCAUUUAGCUCGUAAGGUUUUAUACACUGGCUUUGGAAAUUUUUAGGGCGAGCAUAUGUUUCAAAGUCGAAAUCGCUUUUAAUUAUUUCGACACCUGUCUAUAGACCUCCCUAAGGACGGCAAACAGAUCAGAUACCUGACACUAUCAAUCAAUCACUUCAAAUUUUUAUCAAGUCGGCCGCUGCGUAGAUGGUGUUUUAAAAAGAACAAUUUGUGACUGAAUUUGAGAUGGGUUGUUUUUAUAUAGUGGGUGUUUCCGCAAGAGAUUUCAUAUCGCUUGCAAAUUUUAAAUUUUAAUUUGAGCACCAUCCUGGUUUUUAUCAGAGAUGGCAAAAUAGCCUAGCUUGACAGAAAAAAAGGGCUUUUUCCGGAAAAUCUUGAAAAACAGGCCUCUCGGUGUUCCACAAAAUGACAAUAUAUUAUCUUGAGUUUUAAUAGAAUUUUGUGCCAUAAGAUGCUUGUUUAGACAGCCAACAUACUUUUUAAAGUUGAAACUAAUCCUUUUUGUACAUAUAAUUUUUCAUUUUUAAAAUAAUAAAAUUAAUUGGUACAUUAGGGUGAUUUCUGAGCACCCUGAUGGCUCUCAAAGGGUCGAACCACACAUAUUCUGAAAGCUUGUGACUUGUGUUAAAUUCACGGCGUGCAGAUCUUUCAGAUUUUUUAAAACUCAACUGAACUCAAAAGUAUCCUUUAUUACUAUUCCUGAAAACUUCCUCGCAUAUUACACAGACUUAGGUUAGCAUUUUAUCCCAAGCUUGACAAAAUUUAAGAUUCAGUUUGAAAAUAAAAAAAAUUAGAACAAAUUGGUUUAUAUACGAAUUUUUUGGCUGCAAAGCAUGAUAUUUUAGCUUUAUUAGAACUUCGAGAAAUUCUAAUUUUUUUGAAAGCUGAGAGGCUGUUUAUUUAGAUUUUCCGGAACAAAAUCAUCAAUUUUUCCCAGACUAGGUAUUUCCACAUCUCUAUCAAUAUAAAUACCAAAAAAUAUGAUGUUAUACUCCAAUAAAAAUUAAAAUAAAAUUUCAGGCCAUUCAAAAUCUCUGGUGGAAGCACCCUGUGACUUUUUCCUCUAUUUCAAUUAUCACUCAGAAUAACAAAAAGAGGAAAGAAGCGAGCUAAAUGUCAAUUGCAGUAAAACUAAAACUGUAGACGCACCUUACAAAACUGUAGUCAAUAUUGGAAAAGACGGAGACCGCGUGCAUAACCAUUCACCGUUCUACAUAUUUAUAUUAUAAAUGAAUUUCAGCAGCUGGUGUUGCGACACUUCUAACUUUUGCUUCGCCUUUCGCGAUAGAAAAAACAUUUCCGGGCGAAAUUCAGGUCGCUCUCGCAAAGGGGGAAGAAAGAAGUAAAGAACACACACACACAAAAUGCUAUAUAUUUUAGCGCUCACAACCUGCACUAUUCGAUUAUAAGUAAAUAGCGGCCCUAUGCACGAGAUGACAUAUCUAUUUUGCUGGACACUGUGUUGACUCAAAAGUGAUUGUUGUUGAUUGUUAGGCGGAGCUUCGCGAGGUCGAGCUUCACGCCAAAAUACAUGAAAUAAAUAUGUACUCAUUAUGUUGGUUGCUUUUAUAUGUUUAGACUCUGCAGACAAUAAAAUAUAUAUACUGAAAUGAAACUAAAGUCGAGCCAAUGGUCAGUGGAAAAUAAAGUAUGUAUAUAUAAAUAU